AUGCUGGUGUUGGUGCUUGCGUUGCGCGUCUAUCUCUUUGGCCACAUGCGCGCACCAAAUGCGAAACUCUUUUUUGUCGCUGUAGAUUUUUUUUAUUUCGUUGCUUUCCCCGUCUGCUCCGUUGCUUAUGGAGGGGAAGAGCUGUGUACUUGCUCCGACUCGUUAACCCUAGCCCUCUCCAUUGUCCUUGUUCGGCAGGAGCAGGUUUUGUAG